GCCUCUGCUUCAGUAAUCUCUGUUAUCUCUUCCCAAGGCCUUUACUGACACCAACAUAUAUAAAUUGUCUGAUAAGACAACUUCAGUGUCAGAGAAGGAAUCGGCAGACACCAACAGGUGGUUCAUACUCCCUGACAUACUGUCAAAAUCUCCAACAUGGCGACACUGGUCGGUGCUGUCGUGGCGCUGUUGCUGAUGGUGGUGGUGUGGGCGGCUGAGCAGACGGCCAAUCUCCAGCUGUCCCAGAGCGGCGGCAGCAGGUGGGAAGGCAAAGCCUGCUUUCACCUGGAAUCGGCCAUCGGUGGCUGGGAGGUGGUCUUCGAGUUUGCAGGACAAGGGGUUCGCGGCAUCGAGCAAUGGGAUGGUGUAGUGGCGGAGCAGCCGGCCUCUGGUCAGUGCGGGACUCGGGUGGUGCUGGUCAACAAGCCAUACCAGGGUAUGCACAACGCCGGUGACCAGCUGUGUGUCCCCAUUGCAGGUGCACCCUGCGGGUCCGAGACACCUUCCGCCACCGCCAGACUUGUGGACCCGUGCACCGACGUCAACAAGGCCCCACCUGCCCCACAGGUCACAGGAGCACAAGAAAUGAAGUACAACUACGCCGAGGUGCUGCAGAAGUCCAUCCUCUUCUACGAGGCGCAGCGCUCAGGUAAACUACCUGCCAGCAACCGCAUCCCCUGGCGGGGGGACUCGGCUCUACAGGACCGGGGGGACAAGGGCGAGGACCUGACAGGCGGCUGGUAUGAUGCUGGUGACAACGUCAAGUUCAACUUCCCCAUGGCCUUCAGUACCACGGUGUUGUGCUGGAGUCUGCUGGAGUUUAAAGAUGCUUAUGAGAAGGCGGGACAACUGGACUACAUGUAUGACUCCAUCCGCUGGCCCCUCGAGUACUUCAUCAAGUGUCACACCGGCCCUAACGAACUGUAUGUACAGGUGGGUGACGGUGGGACUGACCACGGUACCUGGACAAGCCCGGAGCUGAUGGACCAAAACAGACCAGCCUUCAAGAUCACAGCCUCUAGCCCCGGAAGUGACGUGGCCGACGAAACUGCAGCAGCUCUGACGUGUGGCUACCUGGCCUUUAAGACGAAAGACGCAACUUUUGCAAACGAAAUGUUGACCCACGCCAAGCAGAUUUACCAGUUCGCCAAACAACAUCCGGGCUUCUACUCCACCAGCGUCAACGCCGCCGCUGCUUACUACAAGUCCGGCAACUACACGGACGAGAUGACGUGGGCUGCUGCCUGGCUGUACAAGGCCACCAAUGACCAGCAGUACCUCACUGAUGCCGAGCAGACCUACAUCCCCGGCGCUGCCUGGGGCUUUUCUUGGGACGAGAAGCUGGCCGGCAACAUGGUCCUGCUGUAUGAUGCUACACACAAGGAUCUGUACAAGAAUGACAUCGUUGCAACGAUGACAGACUGGAUGCCAGGAGGCAGCAUCCCCUACUCACCCAAGUGUCUGGCAUUUCGUCUUCAGUGGGGCUCUCUGCGCUAUGCCUCCAACACAGCCUUCAUCGCUCUUCUGGCUGCCCGGCGAGGAAUUAAUGCAGACAAGUACAACCAGUGGGGCAUGUGUCAGAUCCACUACGCACUCGGGGAUACAGGCCGCAGCUUCGUCGUCGGAUUUGGCGUCAACCCUCCCACCAAACCCCACCACAGGGCGAGGUACGUCAACCCUCCCACCAAACCCCACCACAGGGCGAGCUCCUGCCCCUGUAAGCCAGAACCAUGCACGUGGGACGCGCAGCGGUUCCCGGGGCCCAACCCCAAGACGUUGUACGGGGCGCUAGUGGGCGGCCCAGGCAGCGACGACAGCUACACCGACGACCGCGGCAACUACAUCAACAACGAGGUCGCAUGCGACUAUAACGCGGGCUUCCAAGGCUCCGUCGCUGCUCUUCUACAGCUGGCUAUCGACAGUAAACUUCCGGCUGCCUCUUCUUGUGGAAAGUGCUGAAUCACGAAUCUGUAAUUUUGUCUCGACAUAAAACAUAAACUAAUAAACUGUGUUUAUCGGCUUUUGUAUAUGUCAGCACGUUCUUGUGAAUUUCGUAUCAUUAAAAUAAUUGUUUAAAUCACAAAAA